UCAAGAGGAGGAAGGAAAACGAAUUCAAGAGUUGCUCUCAAGCAUCUAGAAUUCUUUGCCUCCCACCUCUUGAGAAGAAAAAGUUAGUCCCAGCCCUGACUCAGUCCAUUAAAAACUGGAUUGUGCUCUUAAAGCACCAACUUUAUUUGAGCUUUUGGAUAAAAUUUGAAGAAAAGAAUUCACAAGUAUUGUGGACUGUGCAGAAGUCAGGGACUGACAACUGGCAGUGAAAACAGAAAGAUGGCAGACCUGAGGUCCAACAUUCAAGCAGACCCUGAAAUUGAGCUUUUCGUGAAGGCUGGAAGUGAUGGGGAGAGUAUUGGAAACUGUCCUUUUUGCCAACGCCUUUUCAUGAUCCUCUGGCUUAAAGGAGUUAAAUUCAAUGUGACUACUGUUGACAUGACCAGAAAGCCUGAAGAGUUGAAGGACUUAGCCCCAGGUGCCAAUCCUCCCUUCCUGUUGUAUAACAAGGAAUUGAAAACAGACUUCAUUAAAAUUGAGGAAUUUCUAGAGCAGACACUGGCUCCUCCAAGGUACCCUUGCUUGAGUCCCAAGAACAAGGAGUCCUUUGAUGUGGGCUGUAACCUCUUUGCGAAGUUUUCUGCAUACAUAAAGAAUACACAAAAGGAGGCAAAUAAUCAUUUUGAAAAAUCACUGCUCAGAGAAUUUAAGCGUCUGGAUGAUUACUUAAACACCCCAAUUCUGGAUGAAAUUGAUCCGGACAGUGCUGAGGAACUCACAGUUUCCAGAAGAUUGUUCUUGGAUGGGGAUCAGCUGACACUGGCUGACUGCAGCUUGUUACCCAAGCUGAACAUUAUUAAAGUUGCUGCCAAGAAAUACCGUGACUUUGACAUUCCAGCAGAAUUCUCAGGAGUCUGGCGCUAUCUCCACAAUGCUUAUGCCCGUGAAGAAUUCACCCACACGUGUCCUGAAGACAAAGAAAUUGAAAAUACCUAUGCAAGUGUGGCUAAACAGUAGUUAAGACAAUUCUUCCAGUAGAAAAAGCUCUCAUAUUAGAAAGAUUUUUGGAAAUAAGAAUAUGGAAAAUACUGUCUUCUCUCUCCAACUCUCUUAUGCAAAAGAAAACAAACUGUGUUUUCUGUAUCUGGCCCCUGUGUACUUUAAAGAUCCUCAUAGUUUUGCUUAAUUUUCUUAUUUCCAUGGCAUAACCACUGCAACUAUAGCCACUGAAAUCUUAAAUGAUAUAGAAACUACCAAGGUCUUUUGCUAUUUGAUUUAAUUCCUAGAAUGCAUCAUGUGUAAGCUCAACAGAUGGCUAAAGUUACAAAGGACACAAGUAGAGCCACAAUUUCAAACUGCUGCUUAGAAAAAAUUCCAUCAAAAUCAUUAAAACAAUUUUAAAUUUU